UUUUCAUGCGAGCAUCAAAUUCUAAUAACAAUCACUUAAUAUUGUUUUCAACUAUUUAGCUGCUCUAUAUUAUCCAACGAAACUCGUAUUUAAGUGUAACGCUGGCACUAAGAACGCCAUCUGUUAUGAGCACCACCAAUCAGAUGGAAGUAGAUGACACGGACACCGAAGAAUUCCAAGACAUCGAAGAGUUCUCUGACGAGGCGCCAUCUUGCAGUAACACGCAGCCACAAUCGAAGCGCUUCGUGGUGAAGAAGUGGCAGGCGCAGGCCCUUUGGUCGUGGGACGUAGCCGUGGACAAUUGCGCCAUUUGUCGCAACCAAAUUAUGGAUCUGUGCAUUGAGUGCCAGGCGAACCCGCUGUGCUCCAGCACCAAGGAAGAGUGCACUGUCGCUUGGGGUGCAUGCAACCACGCCUUCCAUUUUCAUUGCAUUUCACGUUGGCUCAAGACGCGUCAGGUGUGUCCGCUGGACAACAAAGAGUGGGAUUAUCAGAAGUACGGACGUUAGCUCAUUGUACAGCGUUGACUUGCUUAUUUCGUAGUGUUUCUCGACACAUGCCUGUCUAUUUUGUUAGCACAUUUUACAAACAUACAUUUGUGUUUUGCAAUAAUACCGAAUGCGAGAUAAAUAUAUUUUGAUUUAUUCAAAAACUUA